GUCCCUUUCUUCGGGAAGCGCCAGCACCACACCUGCCCGUGUUUGCCCAACUUCCUCUGCUCCAGGUUCCUCGACGGCCGCUACCGCUGCUACAUCUCCAUCGACUUCAAGAACAUCGAUUUUUAG